AUGGAGUCAAUAGCAGGAAAAAUUGAGGAAGCAAAUGGGCAAUCACAGAAAAAUCAAAAGUUAAAUUCCUCUGGAGUGACAGCUGAUUAUGAUCAUGAUCGACCGCAGGAAAUGACAGCUUCGUAUUCGGAAAUAUCUUUUGAUUCCCAGCAAUCAUCACCGCCUGUUUCUGAACUACGGUCGCUAGUUCUUGGUGAUGAUGACGAUGAUAUUGAUGAUGACAAUGACAUUCCUGGAUUGCCGGAUCAUUUGGAUGACGAUUUUAAAGCUAACUGUAAUUCAGCAAUUCCCCAUGAUAGACCGGCUAAACUAAAAUUAAAAGAACCAACGAAACCAUUUACUCAAUCAGACUAUCGUAAGGCAAUGGGUUACCUCAGACUUGAAGCAGGAACUGUAAUGCAAGACGGUGACAUGGUUUUAUUUGUCGCUGAAGAUUUAGAAAACAAAAUAAAAUUAUCAAGUCCAAUUACCUCAAGUACUAGCAGUAAAAAGAGCGGAGAGUUAUCAUUUUCAGGUUCAUCUCGUAGUUCUACGCCCUGCCUUUAUAGACAAGCAUUGAAUCCUCAGUUGCCUUUACCAGCAGAUCACAAUGUUUUAAAUGAGUUAGAACUAGAAGCUAGAAAAAUAGCGACUUCUGUUGAUUCAUUGACUGAAAAUUUAGCUGCUAUUUUGCACAGUGCUUCUGCAGUUACUGUCGAUUGUUUGGAAUCAUACAGAGAUGCAGUUUGUAAAACCUGUGAUGGAGUAGAUCAUAAUAUUAAAUCAAUGUACCAGUUAAUGGCAAAAUCUGAAGAAUUAUCAAAAUCGAUGGGUUCUAUCUACAAAUUGGCCGAUCAAAUAAAAACAAUUAAACGACUGCUAGACUUAUUCGAAGGAGCUAUUAACUUUUGA